UCGGGAAAGUCUCAUUUUCGGCCCUAGGUGCGAAAUAUACUAUUAUUUUCAACUUUUCUGUGUAGUACAAAGACGGAGUAUCACUUUGUUGGGAAAGGAGUGUGCCACUGACUGAAGAGCUCGCAGAAGCCCUCACCCCCUCUCAGGGCGAUCCAAAUAGGGCUGAAAUUCUCGAGCACCUGGCUGAAUGUGCUCUCAUGCAGGCCAAUUACCAUCUUGCCACAAGAAGUUCACUCAGGCUGGUAACAAGGUAAAGGCAAUGAAGGCACUCCUGAAAUCUGGAGAUACCGAAAAGGUGAUUUUCUUUGCGACGGUUUCUCGACAACGUGAGAUCUACGUGAUGGCCGCCAACUACUUGCAGUCCCUCGAGUGGCAGUCGCAGCCCGACCUGCUCAAGAACAUCGUCACGUUCUACACCAAAGGCCGUGCUCCCCAUCUUCUCGCCAACUUCUAUACAUCUUGUGCUCAGGUAGAAAUUGAUGAGUAUGGAAACUACGAGAAGGCGUUGGGUGCAUUGAAUGAAGCUGCACGCUGCCUAUCGAAGGACUCUGACCAGUAUGCCAGUGUUGUUGAAUCAGUUGCUAGAAAAACUGCUUCUGUGAAAAAGUUCCUUGAUAUACGAAGAAUGCUAGACAGAGGAGAGGCGGAGAGCGGGUUGCAACAGUGCAGACAGCUGUUGUCGGCCGGCUGUGACCUGGUGAGGAGUGGCGACGUGUAUUCGCUCAUGAUCGAACAGGCAACCAAAGCGAACGAUUGGCGAACGGCCGCACGUCUAGCGCAAGAGCUGCGUCAAGCUCAGCCUCAUGAUAAUCUCUCCUUGUAUAUUCCCAAG